CUGCCUUCACCUUUCCUGCCGCCGAAGCAUCUAUCAUUCGCGCCGCGCACAAUAAUGAGGAGGCCAAACAACGUCCGUGGCCCGGCUUCGGCCCUCACCGAAUUCCUGAAGGAGUCUGGAAUUACUCACACUACAAUUGCGAGAAGAGCCAGAACUCGUCAAGUCGCACAGCCGGAACCCGUUGCUGGGCCCUCGAGACAACAGGCCGGAGAUAAUGAAGCUGGGGAUGGGGACGUGGCGGAGAACGCCGAGAACCAAGAGAGAGAAUAUAACUCUGAUAAUCUGGAUGAGAGCGACAACGAGCCGAAAACCAAGAAGCGCAAGCUGACCAAGGCCGCUGAGGCAAAGUUGAAGGCACAAGCAAAGGCCAAGGCGAAGAAGAACAAGAAAAAGGGCGAUGACGAAGACUACAGUGAUUCCGAGGACGAAGAGGAGGACGCAUACACUGCACUCUCGAAGAUGUGGAAAGACCAGACAAAGCCCCCGAAUGGCAGUCUCAUUGAAUGCGCCAAAUGCGGGACAGAGUUUAGCGUAACCCAAUACACUCGCCAGGCUCCAGAUGGCCCCGGCUGGCUCUGUCAUCCCUGCCUCAAGGCCUCCGGAGUCGACCCCUUCAAGAAGCCUGCUGCCCCGCGCAAGCGUAAGCCCCUCACCGAGAAGCGCAACGUCACCAACUUUGAGAAGCGUCGGCUGCCCAGUCUUGCAAGUACCUGCAUCAAGGUCAUCAGUCAGCAUAUAGACGACGUGGAGGCUCUUGGUGAUAUUGGUAGCAUGAACGUAGACCAGAUCGCUAAAGCUAUAGCGAAGGACCGUAGUCUGACCGCUGAGAAUGCGACGCUAUUCUACGACGUUCAGAACACUAACCUAACCCUCUAUGAUGCCACUAACUUAAUGCCCCCUGCGCUCUGUACGCUCGCCUCUCUGAAUCCCAACCUCACUUCUCUGCGUCUCGACUUUUGUGGUCGAAUGAACAACGCCGUCCUCGCCGCCUGGAACACAUCACUACCAUCCUUAAAGCGCAUAGAGCUACUCGGUCCGUUCCUCGUACGCGCCCCUGCUUGGCAAUCCUUCUUCGCCUCUCACCCAAAGCUCACGGGCUUCCUCAUUAACCAAUCUCCUCGCUUCGAUCUCCAAUGCAUGGAGAGUCUCGUCGAGCACUGCACAGAUCUCACCGAGCUGCGCCUGAAGGAAGUUGGGCAACUCGAUGAGGACUUCCUGCCGCACAUCAAGAAACUCGCAGGGCAGCUCACACAUCUCGACCUGAGCGCCCCAGGCGAACCCGAGGCGCUCUCGUGCGACGCGCUCACGGAUCUUGUCGCCGCCGUGGGUGCGGGCUUGCGCCACCUCGACCUCUCGGGGCAUGUGCUUCUCGACGACGGGUUCCUCUUCCAAGGCAUCAAGCCGCACGCGCGCUGCCUCGAGGCGCUCGUCCUCUCACACACCCCUGAGCUCACGGACGCAGGCGUCGCCGAGUUCUUCGACACCUGGUCCGCCGCGGCGCACCCGCCGAACCCGCCGCUCGUCCUGCUCGACAUGAACCGUAACCACGAGCUCGCGGGCAAGGCGCUCGAGGCGCUCCUGAGACACUCAGGCAACGCCCUCGAGACGUUGAACAUCAACGGGUGGAAAGCGGCGCCGGAAGACAUGCUCAACAUUCUCGGCAAAAAGGCGAGGCGUCUCAGGAGGGUCGACCUCGGGUGGUGUCGCGAGGUCACGGACUGGACGAUUAAGGCUCUCGUCGAGCGAUGCAAGAGCCUCGAAGAGGUCAAAGUGUGGGGAUGUCAGCGGAUAACGGCGAAUUGCCCACGCAAGCGUGGCGUUGCUGUACUGGGCAUCGAGACCCAAAACUUUGUUUGAGGCCAGAGCUAGAAUAUUUGGGCGCUACUUAUAUCGUUACUAGAUGUCCUCAAUAUAUGCUACUCGUUGUUAUGUCAUGCAUUACUUGACCAUUUGCUAUAAU